AUGCGCCCGAUACGCUUGCUGACGCAGCGGGGGUCGGAGCGGCUGAUGCGUAAUGCCAUAGAGGAGGAGUUUGACGCGGCCGAGUUUCUGGACGGCGCCAAGGGCGCCGUGCGCGAGGUGAUGGCGCGAUACGGAGAGAAGGAUUGGGAGGCCCUGGAGGGGAUGGUGUCGAAGCGCAUGCUGCUCGGCAUGAAGGAGGAGCACGACAACCUGCUCGAGCAGCGGCAGCUCAAGGUGGUCAACAUCUCAACUGACAUCCAGGAGGCGUCCCUCCAGCUGCCGUGCGUCUGGGGGCGCCGUAGCAUCAAGGAGUACGACGAGGAGAGGGCCCGGGCGCCGCUGAUCUCGGGGGCGGCGCCGUUUUGGAACGUGAUCUUUGUGAACGUCAUCAGCCGCGUGCGCGUCCGUCUGGCUGACGCCCACAGCGGCCGCAUGGCCACCAACGCAACCUCGCGGCAGGGCGUAUUUGUCUUUGCGCGGGGGCCGCUCCCGCGGCAGGUCGUGCCCGAAGUCCACCCUCCGUGGUGGAUGGUGGGGUGGCUGUAA